GAUCGCUUCACGCCCUCACUCUACUCUGCUAAGUUGCGCUACAGUCUUAGCUUUAGCCGCAAUGUUUCGCCGACUCCGUCACCGGCAAUCAGCCCCAGACGAGAUCUAUUCGUCCAGCCUCGAGACACUGUACCUCGGUCGCGCCCUCUGGUACCCAGAGCCGCACAAGUCUGGGGAGCUGCAGAUCGGUGACGUGGGCUUCAUUCGCCGUGGCGCGUUUAUCAGGCUCUUCAACCUCGACACCUCUACGCCCGAGAACAAAGUCCCGUCCGAUUAUUGGCCGAAACAGUUCGACAACAUGGAACCACUACCCCCUCACGUACUCCAAAUUGACGAAAGAAGUCGUUCGCUCGGUCCCGGUCACUAUUGCAGCCAUGGAGUAGAGAGCAAAAACAUACACGCCUUGGCGGGUGUGUAAGUGGACCC